AUGUCCCUGCAAACUGUAUGGCUGUUAGUGUUCACAAGUCUUAUUUUCUACACUCCGAAAGUUCUCUGUUUUAUAAUAACUGACCAGAACACUGAUAUUACUUUUCAAAAGUUUGCGAAGGAAGUGACCACGAAAUUAAUGAACCUCACAGCUAAAAAUCUUCAGCUUCAAACAGAGGUUGAUUCCCUGAAAGCAAAAGUUGCAAAGGAUGUGGUCGUGGCUUUUCACGCUGAAAUCAGCCGCGACCUCCACAUCCUCACUCACAGCACCGUCCGGUUUAACAAAGUCGAUGUCAACAUUGGCAGCGGCUACAACAGCGGAUCUGGCAUAUUUAGAGCCCCGGUCAACGGGAUAUAUCUGUUCUUUCUCCAGGAGUCCCUGGACAUCAUAACCCUGGUGGAACAACUUCUGUGCCAAAAUGAUAUGGCAUUGUUUGAAAUCUGCACACAGUGA